AGCAAAGCAUGAUCCUCUUAUCCAAAGGGGGUAUGAGUGUCUGUUCUCAUAAAUCAUAAUUUCUUUCCAAACUUGAUAAAUCUCUAAAUUAAUCAAGAUGUUGUCAAUGUCUAUUCAUCAGGGCAUCAAGAUCAGUCUCACUUCAUCCCCAUCUUUGCCUUCUCAGAAUCCCAAUGUUGGAUUCUUGAAAACCCCAUCUUUAUUCAAGAUUCAUAAACCCUCUUCCUCUUUCUGCAAUAGCUCCACACCACUCGUUCAAAGAUUUCACAGACUAUCUGUUUCAGCAGCUGUUCAAGAAGCCAUUGAUGAAGAAACCCCAUUACCUGCUGCUGUCCCUGAUGAUCAAGAAGACCAGGUGAAAUUGGAUGUGAAGAGUGUGGAGAAGCCAAGGCUAGUGUUGAAGUUCAUUUGGAUGGAGAAGAACAUAGGGCUUGGGCUUGACCAAGUGAUACCAGGGCAUGGCUCCAUCCCUUUGAGUCCUUACUUCUUUUGGCCAAGGAAAGAUGCUUGGGAAGAACUCAAGACCACUUUGGAAAGCAAGUCUUGGAUAUCUCAAAAGAAGAUGAUCAUUCUCCUCAAUCAAGCCACCGAUAUCAUCAAUCUUUGGCAACAAAGUGGUGGCAAUUUGACCUCUUAAUCAAUUUUGGACAAAACGCUUAUCAGUUGUUUGACUGCUUUUUAUUUAUUUAUUGUUGAAUGUAAUUUCCGUUGCAAAAGUGAUUCAUAACCUAUAAAGAGCGAAGUUGUAAGCAUCAUUGUGUGCGUGUAAACUACGUAUGGGAGCUUCAGCCAAGAUUAAAGACGGGCAAAGUGAGAGACCGUAAUGGUCAAGAUGGUUCCUAGAAUGAAUGGUCUUUGGCUAA